UCUCCUUUUUUUGUACACAUGAGUGGCCUCUGAGGGUCUAAAAUUUGUAAAGCAGUGAUCUUGAAAAACAUAGUCAGAAGGAUGAGGUGUUGGAACCAUCUCAAAAUGCAAGUUCCGGCCCCAAGAUUUCAGGGCUAAAAAAAUAAAAGCCUUUGAGGAUCAGAUAAAGGAACUUGGACGUGUCAGCCUGAAGAAAAGAAGGCUGAGAGUGGUUUCCCAGCAGAGUCCAAGUAGAUGAAAUGUUUUUUCCCAGUGGCUAAUGAUUAGCAAUUCUCAAUCUUCUUUCAAUAUUUGGUCAUGUGAACAAAUACAUUGUGUAUUUAACCUGGGCACCAAGGAGAGGGAAAACUCUCUUCAUGAAUUUGCUAAGCAUCUGUUUCGUGGCUCACUUGCUACUGCUACAAAGAUGGUGCUCACGUUACAGGUGAAGAAACUGAGGCACAAAGACAUGUUACCAAAGGGCAGACUGAGAUUCAGCAGGUAUGUUUGAGUAGCUUCCGUACACCACACUUAGUCUAUGAGCAGGAGACAGAGUAGGGAAUGAGGACCUGAUUUCUGUCCUCAUGGGAGGAGACAGAUAGUUAACAAAUAAACCCACAGCUAACGGAAGCAUUACCAGUUGUGAUAAGUGCUACAAAGGAAAAGAACAGCAAGAUGAGGGAAUGACAGAGGACCGCAUUUAGACUGGGGAGCCAAGGGGGCCUUUCGGAGGAGCAACAUUUCACCUGAAGCCAGUGGGUGGGGGGAACUGCCCAUACCGGACCCCUCCACACUUGGGAGAAGAGAAAGAAAGGUAGUGCGGCUGAGCAUGGGGAGAAUGGCAUGAGAUUUGGUUAGAGAGGGAGGCAGGGACGAAUCAUGUGGGCCUUGUAGGUCAUGGGAAGGAGGUUGGGUUUUAUUCCAAGCGUUAUGGAAGGGAUUGUUUAUGAAAUCAUUUUAUUGAAGUAUAUCAUAUAUACAGUAAAGUGCAGAAAUGUUGUUACACACAUACACAAUGUAACCACCAUGGAGGGUUUUAGGCAGGGAGGUGACAAGUUGUGAAUUAUAUUUUAAUAAGGUCCCACUGGGCUACUGUGGUGAGUGGGUGGUGGGAACCAGGUGCAAGAGUAGAGGCCUGGCAGUGAGCUUGGAUUAACUAUAGCCCCAACCCAGAGCCAGAAUUCUUUGCUUAGACUGCUGUUUGAAUUAAACUUUGCUGAAUUUUGCAAACAGUCAGGGCUUCCGAUUUCUUCCAUCAGGUCAUGUGAGAACCAGAGAGAUCCUACAGAGCCAAGCAAGCUUUGUGUUUGGUUACCUGUAUUCUGGAUUAGGGGUUGAGUGCCUACCAGAGGCUGCAGAUGUAAGGGCUUUGCAGCCCAAGAGAGCGUUAAGAGGGCAUGACCCCUUCUUCCCCCCUCGGUUUUAGAGGUUUGGAAGUAGAAUCAUACAUUCAGGAACUGUCUUGAACUUCAGCAGAGUGUUUUGGCAGAAAGAAGAAGAAAGCAUAUAUUGAGUGCACACCAUAUGUCAAGGUAGACAUGGCCUUGCCUUGCUCCCAGAGCUAACAUCUAGACUUGCCACUUCUGCAUGGAGGCAGUUUGUCCCACAGUACAUGGUUUUUGAGCUGAGAGGGAUCUUGGCGGUCAAGCAUUCUCUCACUUCUGAUGAGGAAGCUGGGCCCUGUGAAGUGAGGCUACUUGCCUGACAGAAGCCCCAGCUCCCCGGUCUCCCUCCUGCCUCCCGCCUCCAUGGCUCUUUCCCUGGCUGGCUUGAGCAGCACUCCAGGGUGGCCUCAUUCACCACCCUCCCGGUUCUUCUGACUCUCGUUUUAUCCUGCCUUUCUUGGCAGGCAGUCAUUGGAAAGUACGUGCCCAUGGAGGCUUUUUAAAAAAAAUGAAGACGUUUGCCAAUUCAGGAACUUUUCUUAAGAUUCACCUUAUUUUGAGUUUGUUGGUUUUCAGAACCCCCCUCCAUUUAUGAGGUAAAUUCAGCCCAGAUAAAAUACCAAACAAAACCCUCAAUUGUACUAGAGUUUACUUUUUAGGAAAAAAAAAUGUUUUUGAGUCUUCAGUAUGAAAAUUCUCUGUCCAGUUAAUUGUUCUUUGCCUUUUGUACAAUUUUCUGCCUGGAGCUGGUGCUCACUUGAUGAGUCAUUUUACCCUCUUCUAAGGCAAAGAAAAACACCAGGUUUGGUUAGGGAAUCACCUAAUGGAUUGAAUGAUUCUCUUCCUGGGUUUAAUAAGGAAUUAGUAAUAAACAGCAGCAAAAUGAGAUUGAAUAUCUCUUUUUAAUUCGUCAGUAGCCCUUAUGAAGUAUACAAUUAUUUAUGAAGUGGAUAGGUGCAAUAUUUUAAAGAAAUGGGUAAUUUGUGAUCAUUGAUAAUAAUAGCGAUACCUCAGAUUAUUCAGCCCUUCACAGAGCUUUACCUACACUCUGAUCAACAUUAGUUGUUGGAGGGCUGUGUCCUGGUCAGCCUUCUUCUCCAUAAGAGCUGAGUGCGUACCUUCAGAUUUAGCUAGCUGUGUACACCAACAUCAUGUCUUCUAAUAUUCCGUCUCUCCUGUAUGGUUAAAUGCACAGUGUUUAGCACCCAAAAGACCUAGCUCUGCUUUCCCUUUAAGGAGAGGGAGAAAAAAAAUUUAUUUUUCUUUAGCAUUGGAUUUUUUUUCUUUUUUUGUGGUGACUACUGUUUUAGGAAACGGAAGAAGCCAGCUACAUGUUGAAUUGUUCUGACAACACCCAGCUGGCAUCUUGCCCAGGUUAGUGGUGCUUUUCCUGGGCUGUAUUGAAAUGAUCUCCAGGCCAGUGUAAAAGAUUUGCAGGUGCGAACAUUCUGUCUGACUUGCCUAGGCAGUGCUUUAUAACCCCAUUGUGUUUCUUGAUAAAAGGUAACCCCACCCUCCAAUAAAACAAAGAUUACUAUGGAACAACGGAGGCUCUUCAUUACUCUGAAUUAAAGAAAGAAAUCCUUAGUGACUAUACAUAUAGCAAUUAAGAAAUAUGUAUUUUGGAUUUUGUCUUAAUUUUGGCUGCCCAAAAUUCACCUGAUAGGGCAUUCUUUUUUUGGUACUUGCUUUUAAAUUUCACUUAACUUUAUCUGAAGUGAGCCGUGAGCAGCUUUUUUAGCCAAGCUUGGAAACCCACGUAUCACUAGGGAGGACUGAAGAAGCAGGAGAACAGAUUUGCAACUUAGUGACCAGCUUCAGGUCCUCCCCAUGAGGGCCUCGUGGUUAUAGUUUAGGUUGGCAGCCUCUGGCACCCGAAUUCCCUGUGGUUUCAGGGAUGGCCGGGGGGUGAUACUGGACAGGGCUGGGCUGGACAACUAUCUUCCUGUUUCCCUAUCCCCUUUCUUCCCUGUCCUUGUCUCCAACUUUCCUGGGGCUUAAGAUGUGAAAUUCCAUCUAGAAUUUAAAAAUCAGCCUUGAGGUGGAUCUUUAGAUAGAAGGUGCUCCCUCUGAAGAGGGAGAGAGUGAAGAUCCUCCAUGCUCGUGUUCUGUGGGUUGUCAACUCUGCCCCAUGCCUUCUCCUGGGAGGCCAGAGACAUCAGAACCCCUGGAAACUCUUAGCAACAUAGAACUCCAUGUGAGAUGUACAAGAUCUCACAGUGUACCCAGACAUAGAACUGAUAGCAUACCUUGCUCUUCCGCAGCUGAUUGGGCCACCGAGGUGAGUCUCAUGGGCCUGCUCCGUGUCACCAUGUGUUAACAGGAGCCCCCGGCAGUGGAGCUAGGCUCUGGUUUCUCAACCUUAACAAAUUUUUAUUUACCCAAGAAACCUUUUUACGAGGCUGUACUUGUUUUUGUUCUCCUCCCCACCUUGCCAUCCCUACCCCAUUUAUAAUUAACUGUCACAUCCACCUGUCUUCUCUCAUCGUAUUUCUCACAUCUAUCCUCUUCUAUUUCUCAUACCAGUCACCUUCACUCCUGCCUGAGGGCUGCUUCCAUUUUGCCACCUCUCCAUUUAUUCUCCACACGGAGUGAUUUCUAAAACAUGACAAUCUCAGCAUGUCACCAUCCAUGGCCACCUAUUUGCCCCCAGGAUAAAGAACCAAGUCUUCCUCACAUCCUGUGUGACUGGGCUGCUGCCCAUCUCUUUCAUACCUGAUUUUGAAUUUGAAUUAUUCUGAGCAGUUGGACCCGUACAUGGUUCUGUGUAGAGAAAGUGAGUCUGGUGUUGUGUUUUGUUAUUGUGGAGUGGCCACUAAGGCUCUGUUGGCACAGCACAGCAAGAAACGGACAUUUGGCAGCUGAAUCAGUAAAUGUAAGCUGUCAAUCCAAGAAGUCUUACCCAGAUUUCUGCUCCCAGAUUAUGGACCCUGAGACGUAUUGACUGACUGCUGAUUUUUUUAUUGGGACCCAUUAUUUGCUCCCCUUCGUAUAGUAUUAACGGCCUGUGAUACUGUUUACUAGUGGAGGUGAAGUUUACACUGCACCAACCACACUCUUACGUCAUCCUGCAACUAAAACCAACCUGUUGGGCUGGUUAUGGGCUACAGCUGGGGCCAAUCUGACCCAUGCAAGGACAGAACUCCUUUCUCUGAAAUUGCUGUUUCACGUUAGGGUUGUUGCAAGGAUCAAAUGAGAUGUAUCAAUAAAUCACUCUGUGAUUAGAGGUAGUGAAAUAAUAUUAUGAUUAUUAUAUUAUCAAAAUCAUAUUAAAGUAUGUUUGGGAAACAAAAUUAGCCUCCAUCUAUGCUGAAUCCUCAGGGCUGGUAUCAAGAGUUUCAGUACUCAACUUUCCAGACAGGAUCAAAAAGAACUUUCCAUUGUACCAUGCUGGUGGCUUAAUUUUAUAUGCUUUGCUAAUAAGUUUUACUCUUGACUGUGCAGCUAUCUGGAUGACCUUGGCCAUUUACCUGACCUCUCUGGGUUUCAGUUUUUUCAACUGUAAAAUGAUAGCACCAAGUCACCUCUAAGGGCUUUUCUGUUUCGAAUUGUCUCUGCUUUGAAGAGGUUUCUCUGGGUUAUAGGGGGCAAGCUGCUUUCUCUAGUUGAGCUCUCCACUGAGUCAACAAUUGUUAAUAAAGUAAGGAUGACCUUUUAAGAAUCAAGUUGGCUUAUCACUAACCAGCCAUGAAUAAUGUUGUAAUUCUCAACAUCUAGGUUCAGGUAAAAUUACAUUCCUUGGAUAACUCUUUCCAUCAUGUACUGGCCUUAGUAAGCUGGGGAAGCUUAGUGAAUUCUUAGCUCCUCCAACCAUUUCAGAAUUUCCUUGGCACUCAACAUGUAACCAUUGAAAAGAAGUUUCACUAUUGGUUGUAAGCCCAGAGUCUCAUUAAGGUGAGAUUUGAAAAUUUUUAUCCUGCCAGGGGCUUAAAAAGCAGAGUAGGUGAGUUUGAACUUCCUUAACUCUUUUCUUUUGCAAAAGCAUUUAAGAGUUGAGCUCUGGGGUCAGGUGAAGCUGAAUUUGAGUCCUGGUUCUGCCACUUCCUAGCUGUCUGACCUUGACUGAGUUAUUUAGCUGUCCAUGACUCUGUUUCCUGUCUCUAAAAUGGACACGAUAAUUGUACCUUCCUCAUCGGUUUAUUAUUAUUAUUUUAUUGUGGUAAAAAUAUAUGUAACAAAAUAUUUGCCAAUUCAGCAUUUUUUUUACAUAUACAAUUCAGUGGCAUUGGGUAUAACGUUCAUCAUGCUGGCAACCAUCACCACUAUCUGUUUCCAAAUUAUUCACCACCCUUAUAACAGAAAUUCAGUCUAAGCUAAGACUCCUUUCUUCCAAAAGUCUCUGUCCCACCCCUGGUAACCGCUGAUAAACUUUGGUCUCUAUGCAUUUGCCUGUUUCAUAUAAAUGAGAUCAUAAAAUAACGUGUACCGUUUUGUGACUAACUUAAUUAAAUCAGUAUAAUGUUUUCAGGGUCCAUCCAUGUUGUAGCAUGUAUCAGGACUUCAUUUCUCUUUAUGGCUGAAUAGUAUUCCAUUGUGUAUAUUACAUUUUGUUUAUCCAGUCAUCUGUUGAUGGGCACUUCGGUUGUUUCUACCUUUUGCAUAUUUGUGACCUCAUAGGGCUUGGGAAUCAUACUGGUAAAGCACUUAGAAUAGAAUCUGGCAAAGGUAAGUGCUUGGGAAGUAUUAGGUUUUAUUAUUGUUGUUAAUUACAAUCAGGAUACUCUUUAGCAUCUAGUGCGGUGCUGCUUCUGACCUUGGUUGUUGCAAUAGAUAGCUAAUCAUUUGUGAAGUGUCAGAGAUGCUGUCUGUCUUGCCAUCCAGGGCAGAGUUUGUUUGGGGAAAUCAGCUCACCUGGCAUGAAGGGAACAGAGAUUGAGUGACUAGGGAUGGUACCCAAAGCAUACUAGAUCAUGUCUCAGAUAUUGGGAUUUCCCUGCAUCUAUCUUGGGUUUGCGACUUGAGAGUUGGGAAUAAUUUCUCAAGUGUUCUCAAAGAUGUUCAGAUGGAGAAAAGUGGGAGUCUCUUACCGAGGCAUAAAGCUGCACACUCUUUUGGAGCUAAUUUGAUGUUAGAGAUAACGCAGUUAUCUUAACUGGACAUGCAGAUUGUGGCUCUGAAAACAAAAACGUAUUUUUGCAUCCUGGGCACCAGUGUUCAGGCUGCACUUCAAAUCAGAAUAGAGGUACUUAUCUCUUAGUUUUCUUAUGUCAUAUGUGUUGAGGUAUAAUUUGUAUACAGUAAAAUUAACCCUUUUUAGGUGUACAGUUCUAGGAAUUGCGGCAAAUGCAUGCAGUUGUGUAACCACCACCCUAUUCAAGACAGAGAACAUUUUCAUCACCCAGAACGUUUGCUCGUGCCCUUUGCUGUCAGUCUCCUCCCCAACCUCCACCACCUAGCAGCCACUGCAGUGGGCGCCACGCUGCAAAUGCAAAAAAUGGGAAAGAAACAGAAUGGGAAGAUUAAAAAAGUCGAAAAGGCAGAACCUGAAGAAUUUGUGGUAGAAAAAGUGCUGGACCGACGUGUAGUGAUUGGGAAGGUGGAGUAUUUCCUGAAGUGGAAGGGAUUUACAGAUGCUGACAAUACUUGGGAACCUGAAGAAAAUUUAGAUUGUCCAGAAUUAAUUGAAGCAUUUCUUAAUUCUCAAAAAGCUGGUAAAGAAAAAGAUGGUACAAAAAGAAAAUCUUUGUCUGAGAAUGAAUCUGAUGACAGCAACUCAAAGAAGAAAAGAGAGGCUGCUGACAAACCAAGAGGCUUUGCCAGGGGUCUUGAUCCUGAACAAAUAAUUGAUGCCACAGACAACAGUGGAGAAUUACUGUUUCUCAUGAAGUGGAAAGACUCAGAUGAGGCCGACUUGGUGCUGGCAAAAGAGGCAAAUGUGAAGUGCCCUCAAAUUGUGAUUGCCUUUUAUGAAGAGAGACUAACUUGGCAUUCUUGUCCAGAAGAUGAAGCUCAAUAAUUGUUUGCAUUGCUUUUUAUAUAUAUUUAUAUAUAUAUACAAUCUAGGUCUUGGUUUUUUGAUUUAUUAAUGUGAAGAAUAACUACCUUCUAAUGGAAAUCAAGUUUGAUAUGUUUGUUUUGAAGUAGUAUUGGGGGAGUUGAGGUUUUUUAGUUGUUUUUUUGUUGCAUCAAUAGCACUGGUUACUUUGAACAAAUAAAUAAAAGCUUUCUGUAGUUGCCUCAUUUAUCAGAAAAGAACAUUUGAUACUGUGGUAUAUUAUUUCCUCUGCAUUGGAGAAUAGCUUUUGUAAAUACUGGAAAAAUUUACAUAGUUGUUACUGAAUCAGAACUUGUGUUUAACCCAUACUGUAUUCCUAAGGACCAUUCUGAGUUUUUUGUUUUUUUGUAUUCAUGUGUGUGUAUACGUAUGUAAAUUUUAUUUUAUUUACAUUCACCAAAAGCAAAAAAUUCUAAACAAAAAUGGCAUUUUACAACCACAGGUAAGUAUAUUGUAUCAGGGAUGCUGUCAUUCUGAGCAACUCAAGAAAUAGACCACCUCAAGUUAAACUGAAAAAAUUUUUGAAGCCAUAGGUUUCAAAUCAAGUAAGUGAUCCUGUAAUUAAUUGGACAAUUUGAAACAUCCAUAUCAAAAUCCGUAUCUAUAUAGUCAUAUAAACAAAACCGUUUAUUUGCAAAAUUCCCUGAGAGGAAAAUCUAAUCACUACUAAAACCUCCCCACCCAGAUAAGAAAACUAGGCAAAUACUGGUAUGAUUUAAUAAGCCAAGCAAGGCUUAGUUUUAAAUGGACAUUCGUUUCUUCCAGAGAGCCGUUCCUUUAGGGAAAAUUGAAAUCCCUGUGUUAUAUUGACUUAAAGGUGGUGGUUCAUGGAAUGUCUAAGACCUUGCUGAUGAAAAUCUGAUAAGAUGGUUAGAUGUUGUAGUUUAGGACCUGCUGGCAUAAAUGGGUGAACAAACUUUUGUAAUCUGAACUACUGACCUGCAUGUUUUUCUUUACCCCACCUAUUCCUUACUUGUAAGUUCAGUCUUCUCAGUACUUGGGUUACUGGUUCAGCUGAAGCCAGAAAAAACAACUUUGUAGUAAUCAGAGUGUUAACCCAAUUGUAUAUUGUUUACUUAAUUGUAAAUACUGGUGAACAGUUGUCAAUAAAUAGUUUUAUAUUUAAAAAAAAAAGAAUUAUAGUUCCAAAGAGAAGUGAGUUUUGGAAUGUAGGAAAUUAAAGUGGCUUUGAUUUAAAUGAAGUUGUUUAUAAGACCUUAAUUGCCUUAGUAUGCAAGGUAUCACUAGUU